AUGUCAAGCCUUGUCAUCGGGACUGCGCCGGAGGGUCUGGACUUGUCCGAGGAUAGAAUCGCUCAGAAUGACGCCACUGUUGGUGUUGUCAUGGGAAUUGCCACAAUUUUUGUGGGUUUGCGAUUCUGGGCGCGAACGACUAAUAAGAGUGCCAAUUUAGCAUAUGAUGACUGGUUUGUCUUGGUAGCAUUGAUCAUCUUCGCUUAUGUUAUUCUGUAUGCCACGACAGUGCCUAUGGUCAAAUUGUCCGUGCUUCUUCUCUAUCGCCGGAUUUUCCGCCUCACCUGGACGUUGUAUUUCUGUGCAUUUCUCUCCAUCGGAUAUACUAUCUCAGUUGUUACUACCAUCUCGCUGGCUUGCGUCCCCUCAUCUUUCUUCUGGACUCAAUGGGUAUAUCCUUUGAGUGGAGGCCACUGUCGGAUCAACCUCUAUCAAUUCUAUUUGUGGAACGGUGUGGCCAACUUGUUCACCGAUGUCAUCAUUUUAUGCCUGCCCAUGCCGAUCGUCUGGGGCCUGCAGAUGCCCAAGGCGCAGAAAUGGGCCAUUAGCGGUAUCUUCCUGCUCGGUGGAUUUGUCUGCGUGGCCACGAUUGUCCGCAUCUCCGCCAUCACGAAAAUGAAAGAUUCCGUCGACAUCACCUGGGUAAUCGGCGACGCCAUGAUCUGGUCCAACGUCGAGCCCUGCAUCGGUAUUGUCAGCGCGUGCCUACCGACUCUGCGGCCCCUCCUGCGCCAAAUUCCCCAGCUAAGAGUCUGGGGGCUUUUCGGCAGCAGUGGACUCUCGGGCAAUUACAAGAUGACCGGCGACGGCACUUCCGGCACGGGACAGCAGGAUACCGGCAACCGAUCGGCAUAUCGGUCCUCGACUGGUAAGAAGCAGCGAUUCUGGCCAGAAGAUGACGAAAUCUACCUGACUACCGACGUAGGACGUGCUGCCAGAGAGGAAGGCGUCAUCCCGUCCAACGGCUCCGCUGCCUCCAGCCAGGAACCCAUCGCUAUGCAGAUCAGGGUGAAGCAGAACUUCGAUUGGAGGGAGGACCACCCAUGA